AGGUUGUACCCUGUUCCCAGGUGUGGUAAUGUGAGACUGUGGCGGUCAGGUGAUCAUCAAAUAAGGAAAAAAGAAAAAAAAAAAUACAUGCAAACGAAAGAAAACCUUAAAAAAAGAGACACCUGGGACACCUUACCUGGCUAAAUAAAACACAGCCUGUUUAGACAAUAACAGAUGGAAUGUGUUCAUUUUGAAUUUGGGUUUCUCCCCAGCAGUGUCUCAAGCCAGUUUCGGGCUAGGUGAGGCGGAAGCGAGCUGGCUGUGCUGGACUGAGAGCCGAGAAGGAAUCUCCGUGCUGUGCGUGUUCGGAAGAGAGAGCAUUCGGAUAACCUUUCCAACAGGAAUACUGACCUUCAAUCAAGGUGCAGGAUCAGGGAUUGGGUUCUUAUCGAAGAUUUGAAAACCAGACGGCUGCUGCUUUGCACAAGCGAGGAAGAUUCCUCUAUUCCUGAUUUUUCCUCUAAGCUUUCCAACUCCUCCUGGGUGUGGAUUGCACACUGGAGGCAUACAGCUAAGUCAACACUGGGACAUGCUGAGAACUUUUAAGGAUUGAUUUUUUUAACUGAAACCGCCAAGAAUUGUGGCUUUUUUAUUUUAAAAACAUUCAAAGGUGAUUUUUUUUUUUCUAUAUAUAAAGAAGAUGCUACGCUGUAGAAACCUUCUAGGCGUGUUUAUGGUCUUUCUGCAGCGGUGUGGAAGAGAAGCCAGUGAGGCAAACACGACCUCCUCGGUUCUGGAAAGAGAUGCUUCCAACAUGACGACCCCCACUGUGAGCAGCCCCGCUGAGCCCGUUAACAUCGCCGCCAUCGUGGCUCCCGUUGUGAUCGUGGGCUUUCUCGUCAUCGCGGGCAUCAUCGGCCUGGUCGUCUUUCUGAAGAUCCGGGAGAAACGGCAGACCGAGGGAACGUACCGACCGAGCAGCGAGGAGCAGGCUGGGGCUCGCGUCCAGCCCAACGCCCUGAAACUCCCUCCAGGGGAGCGGCUCAUCUAGACGUUGGUACUCGAAGACCGAAAGCUUGUCAAGUCUUGUGCUUUCCAGUCCCUCCUGAAGAUUUUACUGUGUUUGGAGUUUUCCCAUCAAACCAGCUGCUGGAGUUCUGCCCCCUGCUGGGAACACGUUGACACCACACCCUUUUGAAAGUGUGAAACGCCUCGCACGGUUGGAUUUGCUGAAGUCCGCCGCUAGGAUGGGCAAAUGACCAUUACCGAGCUGGCUGACCCCCCUGAUUGCCCUCUUGCACUCAAACGUGUUCCCUGCAGUAUGAAGCAUGUCAGCUCUGUCAAAUAGAAGCUUGGAAUUGCAUUACUGUUGUCAUUCUGCGUUGCUUUCAAAGCCAAGGUAAAAAGGUCUGCUUGA